UAGAGCACCGUAUCAGUCGCAGUGCCGGCCGUUCAUUAUCAGUUUUCAGUCGGCGGCCGGCAUUCAGUCGAGACCGAAUCGUACGAUAUUAUAGCCGUUGUCGUGUCGGUCGGUUUGAAAAAACAACGUACGAAAACAAAUCAAAUCGCGUGCGAACAAGUCAUCGUACGAGUUACAAACGCGAUCCUUGUGCGAUUGAAUAGACGCGCGCGACAACCGCUUUGCCAUAGUAUAGUGUUGCGGCGUUCGCGUGGAGGUACUUAUUGUAAGUAAAUAACGCACCGGAGAAGGUAUUUCCAGGAUGCGUUCCAGGUGUGCGCUUUUGGUGCAGUUGUCCGCGUGCGCCGUCGCGCUGUGUUGCGGUUGGACCGCGGUGGUCACGGCGGUCGCGUCGUCAUCACGUGCGAGCGACAACGAUGGGGCCCUGUACCUGACGCCCCUGAUACGCGCCGGUAAGAUCGACGAGGCGCGGGCCGCGUGCAAUGUGAAACCCAUGAAAGCGGCCAUCGAAAGUUAUUCCGGUUUCCUGACCGUGGACGACCGGUACGGUUCCAACAUGUUCUUUUGGUUCUUCCCGGCCGCAAGCGGCGCGGCCGACGCGCCUGUACUGCUGUGGCUGCAGGGCGGCCCCGGCGCGUCCAGCCUGUAUGCGGUGUUCAACGAGCACGGCCCGUUCUCGGUGGCCAAGAAACACGGGCUCAAACUGCGCAAUCUCACGUGGACGACCACGCACUCGGUGCUGUACGUGGACAACCCGGUAGGUACGGGAUUCAGCUUCACGAACGACGACGCCGGCUACAGCGAAGACCAAACAACUGUCGGUCUCAAUCUGUACGAGGCGUUGGUGCAGUUCUUCACGCUGUUCCCCGAGUUACGGAAAAACGAUUUCUACGUGACCGGCGAGUCGUACGCCGGUAAGUACGUGCCCGCUGUGUCGUACGCCAUCCACUUGAACAACCCCAACGCAAACGUCAAGAUCAACCUCAAGGGAUUGGCCAUAGGCAACGGGCUGGUCGACCCCGUCAACCAGUUGGUGUACGGCGAGUACCUGUUCCAACAUGGAUUCGUCGACGAGGACGGUAAGCGAAAGAUCGAGGAGCUGGAGAACACGGCUCGCGGUCAGAUCCUCGGCAACGACUUCAAAGCCGCGUUCCGGACGUUCGACAUGCUAUUGAAUGGUGAUGUGUACCCGUACCCGACGUUGUUCCAGAACCUGACCGGCAUGCGGUACUACUUCAACAUGCUGUGGGAACGCGACCCUGAGCCUUACGGCGACUGGACUAUGUACGUGCAGCAGCCGAUCAUGCGCAACGCGUUGCACGUGGGACGGCGGCCGCUGAACAACGGCACGGUGGUCGAACAGCACAUGAUGGAAGACGUGAUGCGGUCGUCGGUGGUGCCGUGGCUGUCCGAGCUGCUGGACGCCGGCAAGUACCGAGUGUUGCUGUACUCAGGGCAGAUGGAUAUCAUCGUGCCGUACCCGGGCACCAUGCGCAUGGCCCAGUCGCUCAAGUGGUCCGGCGCCGAGCCUUUCAAGAACGCCACUCGCAAAAUUUGGCUGGUCGAUAUGUCGGAGGACAACACGACCGAUGUGGCCGGUUACUCGACCACGUAUGGUCAGCUAACCGUGUUGCUGGUCAGGGACGCCGGCCACAUGGUGCCGGGCGACCAGCCGAAAUGGGGUCUCGAUCUCAUCAACCGGUUCACGACUGGUAAACCCUUUUGAUGGUCCACGGUUAUAAUAUUACAAUAUAGUUGAGUGUCGCUGAGGACGAUACUUCUUGUCGAUGCGACAUCUCACCGCAUGGUCGAUACUAUGUCGUGUAUAAUUUUAUUAAAUUUUCCACGCCCGUUGUUUUCUUUUACCGUGUAUUAUUCGUCUGAUGAUUUAUUUGUUAUUUUUGCAUUCCAUACAUUUCUCUACUAACCUACUUACUUGGCGGGAGCAAAAUCUAAUUAUGCGUUGUUACGUGCAUAAUAUUAUCAUGUAAAAUGUUAUGUAUCGUGUACAUACCUUCGCGUUUAUCAUUUAAUGCUGUACGAUUCAACUAUUUAAUUAAGAGAGAAAGCCAAUCAGGUUUAUAAUUUUUAUUUUGUAUAGACACACGUUUUUUACUUAUUUUAAUGCCUGCAAUUUUUUUUAUUCGUCUAUUUGAUACGGAUGUAUUAACGUGUUACUCUUUUAAUAAAUACACACGAUUUAUAAUUUUG